GUGACUUGUAACCCAAACCCAAACAGACCAAAACCCCAGUUCGGGUUCUCUUAGAGGGUUUUAGGGUCACUACCAAAUCAAUAUUCGAUUUCUUCCCUUCACUUGCUUCGCCGUGUUCAAUAUUUUGAUCCACCCUUUAUCCUAUAUAUGUGCGUUUAGUUCAUCAAUUUAGUCGUAGUAGAAACCAUUAAAAACCUUAGAUUUCAAAGAUGCAGCAUGUGAGGAGAAGCGGGGUUUCUUUGAAAACUAGGUGGUGGUCUAAUGUUGUAAAAUCAAGCAACAAGUUUGAUUCUUUGUUGGAAUAUAUGCCUUCUAGAAGCUUAUCUGAUUUGGGUAUAAGUCGUUUCUCGUCUAUGGCUGCUGAAACUGCUGCUUUCAAUGUUUCUGUCAAAAGGGAACUGGUAAGAUCAGGUUGUGCAAGGAGACAUGCUUCUUAUCCUGCUGCGAAGGUUAUCGAUGAACCUGCUGGACUUCCUGUUCUAUACAGAAACCGAAGGAGUACACAAUGCUUAAUGACCUUUAGAUCGUCGUUUCAGCUUGUCAAUACCGCUGGCGUAAAUCCUGAAUCAUCUUGCUUUGCUAGAUCAUUUGCAUCAAAGGCUUCUGGGUCGACACAAAAGCAAUCAGAGGCUCGAAAGGAUGUAUCUACUGUUGAGGAUCCCUUUGAUGCUCCUACCUACAAUAUUCCAGAGAAGCCCGUGACAUUUACUGAGGGAGCUUCUUAUAGCCUUGUCAUUCUUGCCGGACUUGCAGUUGCUGCUGGUGCAGCAUAUGGAGUUUUUAAGGAACUCAUUUUUCAGCCAAAAGAGUACAAAAUUUUUGAUAAAGCUCUCAAGAGGAUUCAAAAUGAUGGUCAAGUUAGUGUAAGAAUUGGAUCCCCUGUAACAGGCUAUGGAUCAGAAAGUAGAAAUCGUGCUGCACGCCAACGCAUCCCCAAUAGGAUAUGGACUGAUGAAGACGGAGUUGAGCAUGUUGAGGUCAAUUUUUAUAUCCGAGGACCACAUGGAGCUGGCAAGGUUUAUACCGAGAUGUUUCAGGACAAGGUGGAUAGGCAGUGGAAGUUCACAUACUUGAUUGUUGAGAUCAAAUCACCGUCCCCAGCUCAGUUGAUGCUCGAGUCGUAUGUACCUGCCUGAAUAUCCACAUAAGUAUGCAGUGCAUGUUUUCAUAAACUCCUAGAUGCGGUUGAUAAUGCUCCAAAUUCUUUUCAACUCGCGUGAGAGCUCUCAAGAUGACACAUCUGAUUUCAAGUUCUUUUGGUUGAACCAUGGACUGAUAAUAGUUAGCUUUGCUAAGAAAAUUUAGAAAGUUUACUUUUUGUGCAUCAUAAGGAAGUUGCAAGAAAAGCUAUUAAUUUAUUUCCCAUGGAAGACUUUCUUGCAGUUCAAAUCCGAAGAAAUUUUGAAAUGAAGUGAUUUUCCUCUCUC